UUUAAUUGAACAAAUUUUUUUUUCAAACUUAAUUAUUUCUUUUUUAAUUAAAAAAUUUUCUUUAAAUAAUAUAAAAUACAUAAAACGCUAAAUAAUGUUUUCGGGGCGUUUAGUUAGUUCCCUAACAAAAUCUCUCGAGAGAUUUAAAGAUAUAAGCAAAAUUUUUAAUACGCGUCACUAUGCAUCAGCCGAAGAUCCCAGAGUAACGAAAGGACUUGUUAUUGGCGUUUUCCAAAAAGAAGGUGAUAAAGAUCCGAAAUUAACUACUAGUGGGGAGAAAUUUGAUGAUCGUGUUCAGGGCAAAGUAUCUGAAUUGGUUAAAGAAUGCAAUAUCACUGGCCAAUUGGGUAAAGGCAAAAUAUUCAAUAAUAUUGAUCAAGAAUAUCGUUCAGUAGCUGUAAUUGGUUUGGGUCGUGAGGGAGCAGGUUUCAAUGAAUUGGAAAUGAUAGAUGAAGGAAUGGAAAAUGCUCGUAUAGCGGCUGGUGUAGGAGCACGUACUCUACAAUUGCAAGGUUGUUCAGAAGUUUUUGUAGACUCUAUGGAAUAUCCGGAACAAGCCGCCGAAGGUAGUGCCUUAGCUAUAUGGCGUUAUCAUGACAAUAAAUUGAAAAAGAACAGAACUCUGGUGCCUAAAUUGGAAUUAUAUGACUCACCAGAUGUUGAUGCCUGGACGCGGGGACUUUUCAAAGCAGAGGCACAAAAUUUAGCCAGACGUUUAAGUGAUGCUCCCGCUAAUCAAAUGACACCGACCACCUUUGCCCAGGCCACGGUGGAUGCUUUAUGUCCAUGUGGUGUAACGGUUGAAAUACGUACCAUGGAGUGGAUUGAACAGCAACAUCUUAAUUCAUUUCUUACCAUAGCCAAGGGAUCAUGUGAACCACCGGUCUUAUUGGAAAUAAGCUAUUGUGGUACCUCGCCAGAGGAUAAACCUAUUUUAUUGUUGGGUAAAGGCAUGACAUUUAAUAGUGGUGGUAUCUGCUUACGUCCCUGCAAAUAUAUGGAUGAAUAUCGUGGUGCCAUGGCUGGGGCAGCAGUAUGUGUAGCUGCCAUACGUGCAGCUGCCGCCUUGUCCUUGCCCGUUAACAUUUCAGCUGUUAUACCUUUAUGUGAAAAUAUGCCUUCGGGUAUGGCUUGUAAACCGGGAGAUGUUGUUACUUUGCUAAAUGGCAGAACAUUGGCCAUAAGAGAUACUGAUAAAGCUGGAGUGGUGGUAAUGGCGGAUCCAUUACUUUAUGCUCAAACUACCUAUAAGCCUCGCUUAGUUAUUGAUGUUGCCACUAUGGGUACAGGUGUUGUUAAUGGUUUAGGUGGUAGUGCUACAGGUAUAUUUUCAAAUUCUCAUUAUAUUUGGAAACAAUUCCAAAAGGCUGGUUCUCUGACCGGAGAUCGUAUGUGGCGUUUACCCUUAUGGAACUAUUAUAAGAAAUUAGUAACAGAAAAUGUAAGUUUUGAUAUUAGUAAUGAUGGUGUUGGUCCAGCUUCAAGUUGCUUGGGAGCUGCUAUUUUACAUGAAUUUGUACCUUGUGUUGAUUGGGCUCAUUUAGAUAUACGCGGUGUGGGCAUGUUGACACGCUUUGGCACCAUACCUUAUUUAUUAAGAGAUCGCAUGACUGGACGUCCCACCAGAACAUUAAUACAAUUUCUAUAUCAAAUGGCUUGUCCGGAUGCACAGGCCAAAUAGUAAAAAUUGAUUGGGAAAUGAAAUGAUGUUAAGUGUUACAUGUGCUGAUGAAAGUAAGGCGCCUUUACAAAAUUCUAUUUACUUUUAUAUUUUGUGGUUUUUAUUUGUUUAUUUUAGUGUAUAUUUUAUAUUCCUCGAAUAUAUAUUAAUUUUGUAAAAAAAUCCAUGCUUUUUG